AUGAACAGCUAUCGAAGCAAUCAGCAGCAGCGGCAACAAAUUAUACCUUCGAUCAUGGAGACUAAAAACAAAAACUAUAAAAAACUGAAUGUGGAAAAGUGUCUAUCGUUGAUAAAAGCUAUCCGCGGCAAACCAGUAUUGUGGAAAAAAUCUUCGAUAGAAUUCAAAAAUAAACGCAAACACGAUAUCGCCUGGAAGGAGAUAGCAGCGCUGGAAGGUUACUCCGUUCAAGAAGCAAAACAGCAAUGGCAAGUUCUCCUUAGUUGCUACCGUACAUAUAAAGCCAAAGUAAGGAAAAGUUUACGAACCGGAACAGAUGCGAAUGAAGUGUACACACCAUGCUGGUUUGCGUACAAACCAAUGAAGUUCAUAUCGGUAGAGACGGAGGAUAGCACACUAGAUUCUUUAUCAGAAGAUCGCAGCUUAAGCCCGCUAGACAGAAAAUCUCCAGUACCAGACACAUUGCAAAAACACAAGUACGCAGAAGAAGAUACUACUAGCUGCUCUCACAAUGCUAUGCCUUUCAUCAGCACGGACUCUGUUUUGUCCGGUGCUAAAUCACAGCAAGCCUCUCCGAUCCAUAAUGUCGACCAUACUUUCAUCAAAACCGAAGCUACUCUAGAGCGGCCAGCGAUGCUUCAGCUAGAGCAGAGCAUUCCUACACCCACACUACAGGGACAGACGUUGCUGGAUUUGUUCGAGCAAACGCCUGCCGUGGCGAGCCAACACCUGCCGAGGACGUCCGCCGUAAUAGGUAAUGAAAUCGCACGAUGGAUCGAAAAAUUUGAACCACAGCAGCAAAAUUUAGCCAUCGGGAAUCUUUACAUCGCGAUGCAUCAGAUUGAACGGGAUAUCGCAUCGAAAUGA